AAGUAAAAAUGAAAAAUAUAGCCAUUUCUUCUUUUCCAAAUGAAUUAGAAAGAAAGAAAUCAUACAGUUCGUAUUAACUAAUUAAUAACUUUAUGUUUUAUUGCACACAAACCAACAAACGUGCCAGUAACAUUAACCUAACAAUUGUAAGAGAAGACAGAAGUUUAUUUUCCUAGUGGAAGUUGCUAUUGUUAAGUGGAAGCAUGGCGCAUGCGUACAAAAACUGAACACGAGGAAAGAAUUGUACGAGAGGGAAUUUAUGUGUGUUUAUGUUGUGUUUUAUGUAAUAAAUUUGUACAAAACCAGUGCAUGAAGUGAGUCUUUUGAAUCUAAGAAUAACUCAAUAUAAAGGAAACAAUUCUCCAUAUCGAACAUGGUCCUUCGAAGCCCGAUUAGAGCAGAUUUAUAAUGCGAAUGUAAAACACUGUUGGAAUUUGAAAUCUAAUACACGACGAAAUCCCUCGACUGGUAAGUUGUUUUAUCAGUAUUCUUUUGAAAUUGAAACUCAUAUUAAAACUCUCAUUACGAUGACGGAAGCCCAAGAGUUGGGUAGAAUGAAAAGAGUCCGAAAUGGCCACAGAACAUCAACAAAACGAACAAUUUCUGCAGCGAAUGAUCUCUUGACAAGUGUUGAUGAUAAAUCUAAACUAGCACCUCAUGUUGUGAAGCUUACACUUUAUAAGAAAACACUCGAAGAUAAACUAGUUGUAUUUCAACAACAAGACAAUGCUAUUCUGGAACUUGUAGGCGAUGAUGAUGUAGAACUUGAAAUUGAGCAAGCAGAUAUUCUAAGGGAAAAUAUGCAAUCAACAAUUCUUGAAAUUGAAAAUACUUUAACUGAAAUUACACAGUCGAAUGAAUCUGCUAACAUUGUUAUUGAAAAUAGCCCUACCCCAUCGACACCACAAAAUAACUCUACCCCACCGACACCACAAAACAACCAGACUGAAACAGUAUUGGCCAUGGCGGGUUUCGAGGAAAUGCAAGGCCCUGGCUCCCCUAGUCAGAAUGGAAUUACAACUCAGUCAAGCCAUCAAAUGAAUCAACCCUCUGUUAAACUGCCAAAGUUAAACCUGAAGAAAUUUCGGGGUGAUAUAACUACCUGGUCUACAUUCUGGGACACCUUUGAAUCUGCGAUUGAUAAGAAUCCCUCCUUGUCAGAUAUUGACAAAUUUAAUUAUCUCAACUCACUCCUUGAGAAUACAGCGGCUGAUGCAAUAUCGGGACUAACGUUAACAUCUGGGAACUAUAAUGAAGCAAUUGUCAUACUUAAGAAAAGAUUUGGGAAUAAGCAAUUGGCAGUAAACAAGCACAUGGAUAUCCUUCUCAAUCUGGAUCCAGUUACAUCAGUUCAAAACUUGAAGGGGCUUAGAUCAUUGUAUGACACAGUCGAGUCGCACAUUAGGGCCCUCAAGUCCCUUGGUAUACCAUCACAAUCAUAUGGUAAUCUUUUAUGUUCAAUGCUCAUGAACAAGCUCCCACAAGACUUGCGUAUACUGAUCAGUCGUGACAUAAAGAAUGAUAACUGGGAUCUUGACCGAUUACUGGAAUUGCUUGAGGCCGAAGUAGAAGCAAGAGAAAGAGCAACCAGCAACAGUAGCGCUGGCAGUAGUAACUUGCAGCGUAACCCACACCCCAAGUUACAAGGAAGACAACUACCAUCUGGUGCAGUCUUACAGACGGGGGGCUCUCCAAUCAGUUGUACUUAUUGCCAAGGUCCACACACCUCUAAUAGUUGUCAAACUGUCUCAAAUGUCACAGCCCGAAAGGACAUUUUACGAAAGGGCGGUCGGUGUUUCUUAUGCCUAAAGAAAAAUCACUUGUGUCGAGAUUGCAGCUCUAAAACUCAGUGCUUCAAAUGUCGUGGUAGGCAUCACAUAAGUAUCUGCACGAAAGAUAGCAAUCAGCGAAAGUCUGAAGACCCUGCCAAUGUUCAGAAAGGUGCACAACAGGACCAAGGAUUACAAGCUCAGCAGAAAACAGGAUCGGAAAAUAAUCCCCUCAAACAACAAACCAAUGGAACAAAUCUUUUCGUGAGCUCCAAGACACCUGUCCUUCCGCAGACAGCCCAAGCAACCAUUACGCAAGGCGAUGCAACAGUGAACAGUGCAAAGGUGAGAGUCAUUCUGGACAGCGGUAGCCAGCGCUCUUAUAUAACUAAUCGAGUAAGAAAUAAGUUAAAUUUACCUACAGAGAAAACAGAAACAAUGGUGAUAAAAACGUUUGGUUCAGAAGAAGAGAGAAUUCAAACCUGUGAUUCUGUAAAGUUUGUAUUGAAAUCGCAACAUGACCAAGCUGAGAUAAGUCUGUCCGCCUAUGCAGUACCGAUGAUAUGUGAGCCACUGCAACAUCAGUUUACUUCUCAAGCCCAACAAAGUUAUGAUCAUUUGCGAGACCUGAAAUUGGCUGAUUGUUCGACAGGGAUAUGCAACUCAGAAGUCGAUAUUCUCAUUGGUUGCGACCAGUAUUGGGAUCUUGUGACAGGAGAGGUUAAAAGGGGAGAAAAUAGUCCAACGGCAGUCGGUACAAGAUUGGGAUGGGUUCUUUCUGGUCCAGUCGAAGACGAGCGGAUGCCAAUCUCCAAACCCGCUACGAAUUUAGCCACUACACAUGUCCUAAGAUGUGCAACCUCACCUACCCAAACCCAGAGCCAAGGAAUUGAAAGGGAUCUGAGAGCUUUCUGGGACUUAGAGUCACUUGGCAUACUGAAGCAAGAAAGGUCGGUACAUGACGAAUUUGAGAGCACCAUCACAUUCAAGGAUGGACGGUACGAGGUAAAUCUUCCAUGGAAGGAACAGCACCAAAUCCUACCUGAUAAUUUUGAGAUGAGUCGCCGACGAUUAAUGAGCUUACUACAAUGAUUACAAAGGGACCCAGAAGUACUUAAAGAAUACGAUGCUGUCAUCAAGGAUCAGUUGAAUCGAGGAAUUGUAGAAAUAGUUGAUAAGAAAGAUGUUGGUGAAAUGAGAAAGGUCCAUUACAUGCCCCAUCAUGCGGUGAUAAGGCGAGACAAGCAAACCACAAAACUGAGAAUAGUAUACGAUGCUUCGGCAAAAUCGAGUGGUCCAUCCCUAAAUGAUUGCUUGUACACUGGUCCUGCAAUGACACAGAGCAUCAUGGAUAUCAUUCUACGAUUCCGGAGUCAUAGAAUUGCAUUAGCUGGAGAUAUCGAAAAGGCGUUUCUUAUGGUAUCAGUCGCAAAGGUAGAUCGAAACGUUCUGAGGUUCUUAUGGUUCGACGACGUAUGGAGUGAACACCCGAAGGUCAUCACCCUCAGAUUCACCCGGGUCGCGUUUGGGGUGUCGUCCAGUCCGUUUUUGCUCAACGCCACCAUAAGACACCAUAUCGAACAGUACCGUUGUGAAGACCCCAAAUUUGUGGAUGCGUUUUUACGAGCUAUUUACGUCGAUGACUUGAAUUCUGGUGGAAAUGAUGAUGACUCUGUUUACAUGUUGUAUAAGAAGGCAAAGCUCCGAUUGGCGGAAGGGGGUUUCAAUUUACGAAAGUUUGUUACUAAUUCGCCAAGGCUGAUGGAGAAGAUUGAAAGGAACGAAUCUACGUUAUCCAACAAGCUGGCAAAGGAUAUUAGUACAAGUCACAACUCUGAACAACCUGAUGCUGUCGAUGAAGAUGAGACAUAUUCAAAGAUCACGCUUGGUACUGAACCCACAACAUCUGAAAGUGAACAACGAGUUCUUGGGGUAAAUUGGAACUUCGUUGAAGAUCAACUUGUUUUUGACUUAAGUGGCAUAGCUGAAUUGGCCAAAACCUGUGAACCCACCAAGCGAAAUAUCGUUCGACUCUCCGCUAAGUUUUACGACCCGUUGGGAUAUAUGUCACCAAUAACUGUCCAGUUUAAACAAAUGUUCCAAGAGUUAUGCGAAAGUAAAGUUGGUUGGGAUGAUGAGAUCUCACAUUCGAUACGAGUCAAAUGGGAGAAACUAGUAGCAGAACUACGGAAGAUGAAACGCAUUCUCCUUCCCCGUUGCUAUUUCUAUAAUAUAAGCGAGAGAGUAAUUUCUUCCACCAUCCAUGGUUUCUGUGAUGCGUCAAAGAUGGCAUAUGCCGCGGUGACCUAUUUGGUAAUUAGAACUGCCAGCAGUACUUACGUAAGAUUUUUAGCAUCUAAGACAAGAGUCGCCCCCAUUGAAAAACAAACUAUUCCGCGAUUGGAACUGUUAUCCUGUCUCAUCCUUGCAAGAUUACUUAAAGACGUGGAGGAGGUCUUACGUCUAGAGUUACAAUUGCAAGAUUCAGUUUGCUGGACUGAUUCGAAAGUAGCGUUGUUCUGGAUCAAGAAUGAAGAUCGGGAGUGGAAACAGUUCGUGCAGAACCGAGCAAUGGAAAUCCGAAGUCUGGUAAGCCCGAAUUCUUGGCGACACUGUCCAGGCAGAGAUAACCCAGCUGACAUACCUUCAAGAGGAAUAAACCCUUCAGAGCUAGCGGACAGUAUACUAUGGCACAGUGGUCCAGAUUGGCUAGGUGAAACUAAUACCGAAAGGCUUGAAGACGGUGACGAGCAAUGCGUACCACCAGAAGAGUGCUUAGCGGAAAUGAAAUUAACGAAACCACCAAGUUUAUCAACCCUUACACUGAGCAAUUCUUCGCAUGGCCUCAACAAAAUUAUAAGGUGCGAGCGAUUUGGAACCCUGAAACGACUUCUUCGGGUGACAGCGUAUGUUCUACGAUUUGUGAAAGCAGUGCAACACAAGAAGGACGGUAGAAUUGAAGGUGGUAGUUUAAGUGCGAACGAAAUUGAUGAAGCUCACACUGUGUGGAUGAAGGAAAUGCAACGAGCAUUGCCUGAGAAAGGGGAAUUUGAACACUGGAAGGUUCAGUUUGAUCUUUAUCUUGACGAAAAAAAUGUAUGGAGAUGCAAAGGAAGAUUGGCAAAGGCGAACUUGCCAUUAAUGACGAAGCAUCCUAUCAUAUUGGACAAGAAUCAUUAUCUCACAACCCUAAUCAUUCGGGAGUGCCACAAGAAAGUGAUGCAUAAUGGCGUAAAGGAGACCCUGACUGAAUUGCGAUCCCAGUAUUGGCUUGUUCGAGGAAGACAGUUUAUUCGGACACAACUGGGCAAGUGUGCUACUUGCCGCAGGUUUGAAGGAAAGCCUUACCAAGCUCCACCCGCGCCUCCGCUGCCAGAGUUCCGAGUAAACGAGGCACCACCUUUUACUGCGACGGGCAUAGAUUUUCUCGGUCCGUUAUACGUGAAGACGAGAGAGGAAAGUCCGAAAGUCUGGAUCUGUUUAUAUACAUGUUGCGUAGUCAGAGCAGUACAUUUGGAUGUCGUGCCAAAUUUGACGUCAGAAGGAUUCAUGAGGAGUUUCAGAAGAUUUACUGCCCGAAGAGGAAUACCAUCAACUGUUAUAACGGACAACGGUGGGACAUUUAAACCCGCAGCGAAAGAAAUUACUACCAUUUUAACUCAUCCUGACGUAAAGAAAUUCUUUGCUGGAAGGCGCAUAACAUGGCAUUUCAACUUGGAAAAGGCCCCUUGGUGGGGAGGCUUCUUUGAAAGGCUAGUCAAAUCGACGAAGAGAUGCUUAAAGAAAACAUUGGGAACGGCUAAGCUCACGUACGAAGAGCUCCUCACAGCAACGGUUGAAGUCGAAAUGAUCCUCAAUUCUCGCCCUCUGUCGUAUAUUUCCACAGAGGACUUCGAAGAACCGCUCACGCCUUCACAUCUGAUAAUAGGACGAAGGCUAUUGAGUCUGCCAGAACCCAACUACAAUGAGGACGAUCCAGAUUUUGACAUUAAGUUAUAUACGGAUGAUUUAACCCGGAGGAUGAGACAUUUAAGUAAUGUUAUGAAUCAUUUCUGGUCGAGAUGGAGGAAUGAGUACUUGAUGGAGUUGCGAGAAUCUCACCGAGUUGAGAAACGAAAUGGAAAUGAAACCGUUAGUCUUGGGGAUAUUGUAGUAGUUCACGAAGAAUCACGUCCCAGAGGACUUUGGAGAUUGGGAAAGGUUGAAAGUUUAGUCUCUGGAGCUGAUGGACAGACAAGAGGAGCUGUAGUAAAGGUGUUUUCAAAGAAAGGAAGAUCAACCACCAUAAAACGACCUGUUCAGCGACUCUACCCCUUGGAAAUCAGAUCUAUAGCCAGUGAAAGUGAAUUACCUGUCGAAGCCAAGGAGGAUGACAAAGCAGAAGUGACGAGAACAAGACCCAGGAGAGCGGCAGCGAUCGAAGCGGAUAACCGAAGAAAGAGAUGGAUCAAGGACCUUGAUUUAUGAGGAUUGUAGAAUAUAUGUCGACAAUUAUAGGAUUGAACUUUGGAUAUUUGGUUAGUUUAACCAUGCUGCAUAUACAAUUUAUUUCUUGACAUUAUUGAACUACUUAACUGUUUUAGUUAUAGAUUUGUUGACCAACGGAUUUGAUUGGUCAACGGAGGGAGUGUAAGAGAAGACAGAAGUUUAUUUUCCUAGUGGAAGUUGUUAUUGUUAAGUGGAAGCAUGGCGCAUGCGUACAAAAACUGAACACGAGGAAAGAAUUGUACGAGAGGGAAUUUAUGUGUGUUUAUGUUGUGUUUUAUGUAAUAAAUUUGUACAAAACCAGUGCAUGAAGUGAGUCUUUUGAAUCUAAGAAUAACUCAAUAUAAAGGAAACAAUUCUACAUAUCGAACAACAAUUACCCCGGUAGCUGCCUCAAAUGCAAAUUUAAGAUUAUUAUGAAUAUUAGGUUCUCCCACUCUAAUCUCUUUUGGGGAGCUUCGCUCGCCCCAAUUUUACUUUAUUUUCCAUUACGCCAGCACGUAAGUGAUUUGUGAGGAAAGUAGGAGGUCUGGAGUCCUCCCCCAGAAAACGUUUAUAUUUUUGAUGCUCAAUUAAGGACAGCAAUUCUGGAAUUUUCUGGAGCAUCCACAAGGGUAACGAGUGAAUAAGACGACUGUUUUAAUUAAGGCUAUUUUUGUUAGUUUGGUGACUGCACAUUUGAGUUUUAAGGACUGCACAAAUGGAUUUAGAACUGCACAUUUUGUGUAGAACUGCAUGUUAAAAUAAACUCUGGCGCGUUUGUUGCUUUGUGUGCAAUAAAACAAAGUUAUUAAUUAGUUAAUACGAACUGUAUGAUUUCUUUCUUUCUAAUUCAUUUGGAAGAGAAGAAAUGGCUAUAUUUUUCAUUUUUACUUCUGAGUAAUUGAAAUGAGUGAGUUCACACCAUAUCGAAUACCAUGUUGAAUGUCAUGUUGAAUCUCAUGCGUCCUUCACAGUGGUUGUCCGACCAUCACUCUGAGCAUUUUCCUCGUUUAAUAACAAUCGCGACGCUUCGUCAAGAUUACUAGCACAAUUUUUCAAAAGUUCCCUAUAGCUGUGUUCCCACUAAUAUUUCCACAGAGGAUGUCAUAAUUUAGGAUUUGCGAAAUAUUUAGAUUUUAAAUUCAGCGAUGUAUAAAAACAUGUGCACGUACUAUAAAAAUUUCAAGUUUCUUGCCCACGUGCUCUAGCAGCCCGUAAGCUCGCAAAGGAUCAUAAUUAAAGUUAUAUGAAAAGUCGUGUGUUAUCCGAAAUUUAUAGCGUUAUAUGAAAAGUCGUGUGCUAUCCAAAAUUGAAAGUGUUAUAUGAAAAAUCGUGUGUUAUCCAAAAUUCAUAACGUUAUAUGAAAAGUCGUGUGUUAUCCAAAAUUUAUAGCGUUAUAUGAAAAGUCGUGUGUUAUCCGAAAUUUAUAGCGUUAUAUGAAAAGUCGUUGUUAGUUUGAAACGUCACUCAAGCCUCUGGGCAUGUAUUUGUUACGUCACAUGCAUAGGGGGCUCGCGUGAUAGAUCAAAUUGAACAGUCGACCGAUCAGUAAGGAUCAAUUUAUUCACGCUAACUAAGAAAACGAUUCCCGAAGAAAAGAUACUGGACGCUACUUGAGGAACAAGAGGACACCAAAGUAGGAUUUAUAUAUUUAUUUGUUUGUUUAAUUUAGUUUAGAAAGCAUGCGCAUAUUAUAUUUAGACAGUAAUUUAGCAUAUUCAAGUUGAUUUAGUAUAUUAGUAUAACUAUUGCACGGUAUUUAGUUUAGUCACUAUUUUUCCUUAUAGUUCGAACUCGUUUGAUUGUCUAUUGAUUGUUGCUAUACUUGAACACCGAAUUAAAGAAAUCUAUACGUGUAAUACGUCUACUCAUCUACUCUAUCUGCGUCAAAGACGAAGUUCGAAACCCUCACGCUACUCAAGUAAAACCCCCCGUAAGCUUUAAGAAAUCAGUCUACCCUAUCGCUACGCAAAGAGCUUACAUUAGUUCGAAUUUGUUCCAUUUAUAACACCGAUUACCGAACAGUCUUGUAUUGUAUUGUACAAUUUGUCUAACAUUGCGUGACUGCCGCGGGCCAAAGAAAGAAUUUGAAGAAUUUCAAGAAUGCGCUUAUCUCGAAAUUGACUUUACCACUGACAUUCGCAAUUGAUUAAACCCACUAAGGAAAUUAAAACCCUUGAGUUUAAUUUGCGCAGGAAAUUAUUAAACUAUGAGCGAUCAAGAAGAGACUACGUCUAUUGGCGGUGACGUUUUGGACGGAAAAGAACGCGAUAAAAUUGACGCGACUAAAUCUAGAGAUGCGCCUGUUGAUAUUCGUCAACUGAAACAAGAUAGAACUAGCGCAAAACGGGCGCUAACAAAGAAACAUAAUGAAAUAAAACAAUUAAUUCUAGAUCCAAGCAAUGCAUCCGAGAUUAGUCAAAAAAUGUUACACCUCGAAACAGCAAUUGAAAAAUUUAGUAAUGCUCAUAAGUUACUGCAUCAAAACCUACACGACGAGGAUGAUAUACAGGAAUCAAACGACUAUUUUAAUACUGAAAUGGAUCGUAUUACGGAUCUAAAGCAAAAUGUAAACGAAUGCAACGAACGACUUAUCCUUGUAUCAGAUAUACAUGAUGUACGACCGGAAGAUUCCGUGAGCAGCGUUGGACUACGGCAAAAGUCUCACGCUAGAAAUAUUUCGCAGCGUUCAAUGGCUGGUUCCAACAUCUCAGGUGCGUCAACCUCAAGUUCCAUAUCUCUUUCUAAGGCGAAAGCAGCAGCCAAGAAAGCGAGACUCCAAGCACAAGCCGCUUCUUUUCGUAAAAAGCGAUCUUUGCAAGAGGAACAAUUUCAUUUACAAAGAUUGGCCGAAGAACUUGAGUUGGAAACCCAGUUGGCAAUGGCGACUGCAGAAGAAAAUGCCUAUGUUGAGGCAGAGAAAACGGAAACGACGAUUCUUCAACAAAUGAGUGAUAAACCUACGCGAAUGGGUUCGUCACAAAGAGAAUACGAUGUUCGCAUACAAAGCGAUGCCCGAAAUGUUGUUGAAUCUCCGAACGUGAAUGAAUGUGAAACAGUGGAUACAUCGCCAGAUCAAACCAGUUCUACCGAAGUCAGAAAGAGAAACGCGGACGUUGUUCCUGAUAAAAACCUCGAAGCCACGCGAAAGCAAAGAGAUGACGACAACGCUCAAUUUGAACGUUUUCUACAAACCCAAAAACAAAGCGCUAAUGCUUUGAUGCUACCGAAACCCGAAGUUCCCGUCUUCAGUGGUGAUCCAAUCGACUACCAAACAUUCAUACGAGCGUUUGAGAAUCUCAUCGAAACGAAUACAGAUAGUAAUAGCGCUAGACUCUAUUAUCUUAUUCAGUACACUCAGGGCGACGUGAAAGAGUUGAUGAAAAGUUGCUUAUCUAUGAAAGGUGAAGAAGGUUAUGCAGAAGCACGGCGGCUGUUGAAGCGAAGAUAUGGCCAGGAUUACAAAAUCGCUGCAUCGUACGUUGAUCGCGUGACCACCGGCCCAAUGAUAAAGUCCGAAAAUGCUGCAGCUCUUCAACGCUUUUCCAUCCUUUUGACAAGCUGCAAGAACAUGCUCAGAACCAUUGGGUAUUCAAGCAAGCUAGAUAAUCCAGACAGCUUAAGAAAGAUAAUUGAACGUUUGCCUUAUGGUAUGCGAAAGAAUUGGAGAGACGUGGUCGACAAGAUUACUGAGAAGGAGUCACGAGAAAUAACUAUCGAUGACAUAGCUACGUUCGUGGAAGCGAAGGCUCGAGCGUCAUCUCAUCCUAUAUUUGGAAAUCUAUCAAACGAAACGAAGGAUGAUCAAAAGGAACCGAACCGUAAUCGAAGAAGUGAUGGGAACUCUAGGAGUAAUUUUGCUAUUGAUAACCAAGAUGAAUCCUCUUUUCGUGUCCCGAAGAUAUCGUCACCCAAAUGUCCAGAAUGUGACAACAAUCAUUGGUUAUCGCAAUGCCAGCAAUUUAGGAAAAUGUCGUUGAUUGAAAGGUUCAAGCUUGUGCGAAGAAAGGGACUGUGUGAUAAUUGUCUCACGAGAGGUCAUCUGGCAAGAAAUUGUCCAAAGGACAGCUUUUGCAAAGUCCAAGAUUGUAAAGAAAAGCACUCGACAUUUCUCCAUGAAAGUGUCAAACCAAACAAUGUCAAAGAAGGACAACAUUCGAAGCGAGAAAAUACGGAAGGCAAAGAAAUCGAAAACAAGGCACAAACUGGUUACGUUAAGUUAACAAAUGGCUCGAGGAGUAAAUCGGCAUCUGAUGGCACAGCUGUUGGUUUAGCUAUCGUUCCAGUCAAGGUCAAGGCUAUGGGAAGUGAUAGAACUGUUGAAACGUACGCCUUUCUCGACGGUGGAUCAAACACUUCAUUCUGCUCACAAGACCUGAUGAAAAGGCUCAAUAUCAAGGGCAAAAGAACAACACUCUCGCUAACAACAAUGGAAAAGGCAAACAGCAAAACAGAAAGUUCAAUCGUAAGUCUAGAACUCUCAGACUUGAACGGAGAAAAUCCUGUUGCUAUAGAAACUGUGUUUUCUACACCAAAUUUACCAGUGUCCACCAGAAACCUAGCUACACGAGAAGAUAUCGACAGAUGGACACAUCUAGCUAACAUUAAAAUUGAUCGAAUUGACGAAGAAAUUGGAUUGUUAAUCGGAUGCGACGUACCCGAAGUUCUAGAACCAAUUGAAAUACGGAGGAGUAAAGACGGUGGUCCAUACGCAACGAAAACAAUCUUUGGUUGGGUAGUUAACGGUCCAUUAGGAAGAAAUGCUUCAACAGAACACAUCGCCAAUUACUUGCAAGCAACCGAUGCCAAUCUGGAAAACCAGUUCAAAGAAUUUUGCAACAUGGAAUUCGCUGAAACGCAAGAUACAGACAAAACUACGCUAUCGAGAGAGGACCAACGAGCACUACACGUAAUGAACGAAUCCGUUACGUUGAAAGAUGGACAUUAUGAAGUCGCAUUACCCUGGAAGAAGACCACCCCCAAAUUACCAAAUAACCGAGCAAUGGCAGAACGUCGUCUGAAGUUCCUAAAGAAACGGUUAGACAAAGAUCCUCAACUACUGAAGAAUUACAGCAAUUAUAUUGAUGAUCUCGUGAAGAAAGGCUACGCAAGAAAGAUACCAGAAGAACGACUCACUUAUAUAAAUGACAACGUUUGGUAUCUACCUCACCACCCAGUGUUUCACCCACAGAAGCCAGGCAAAACAAGAGUCGUGUUUGAUUGUUCUGCGAAAUUCGAAGGUACUUCUCUGAAUGAUGAGCUCUUACAGGGGCCGGAUUUGACGAACUCGUUAACGGGUGUUUUGACCAGAUUCCGACAAAGUCCUGUGGCUUUCAUGGCCGAUAUUGAAGCCAUGUUCCACCAAGUGCGAACUCCACUCAAAGAUUGCGAUGUGCUACGUUUCCUAUGGUGGCCGAACGGUGACACAUCUAUUAAUCCAGAAGAAUUCCAGAUGACAGUUCAUCUUUUUGGCGGUAUCUCAUCUCCAAGCUGCGCCAAUUUUGCACUAAAAAGAACUGCCGAAGAUAAUCGAGAGAAUUUCGACGCGGAGACAAUAAACACUCUAGAAAGAAACUUUUACGUUGACGAUUGCCUGAAAUCGGUUGAAGAUGAAGAAACGGGUAUCAAUCUCGCAAGCAAUCUCUACGAACUUCUGCAGAAAGGUGGCUUUCGCUUGACGAAGUGGACGUCAAACUCGCGAGAGGUGUUAGAAUCCUUACCAGAAAGUGAACGAGCAGUUACGGUGAAAGACCUGGAUUUUAGCAAAGUUCAAGUAGAACGAGCACUCGGUGUACGUUGGGAUAUCGUCUCUGAUAAGUUUGGCUACAAGAUAAUCAUCAAGGAUCGACCAGCAACCAGACGAGGCAUUCUCUCCGUGGUGAGUUCCAUCUACGAUCCCCUCGGAUUUGUUUCACCAUUUGUCCUUGUGGCUAAAACAAUAUUACAAGAUCUUUGUCGAAGCAACUUAGGAUGGGACGAGCAAAUUUCUGAAGAUGCACUCCAUCGAUGGCAGAAUUGGCUAAGCAUGCUACCCGAACUCGAAAGAAUCGUUAUCGACCGUUGUUUCAAACCUACUGAUUUCGGUGAGAUCACUUCAUGCGAGCUGCAUACAUUCUCUGAUGCUUCCCAGAAAGGCUAUGGAGCUGUCACAUAUCUACGAAUACUCAACCAACGAGGAGACAUCCAUUGUUGUUUCUUGAUUGGCAAGUCUCGAUUAGCACCGUUGAAAGCUAUGACGAUCCCCAGAUUGGAACUGUCUGCGGCCGUAGUUGCGACAAGGCUCAAUAAGAUGAUGAAAGGAGAGCUCGACAUGAAAGUUGAUGAAUCCGUAUUCUGGACGGACAGCACCUGCGUUUUGAAAUACAUUGGCAACGAGAGCACAAGAUUCCAAACCUUCGUAGCCAAUAGAGUAUCAAAGAUUCAAGAUGCGACUGAAUUGUCUCAAUGGAAAUACGUAAAUACCAGUUCAAAUCCGGCAGAUGACGCUUCUCGAGGAUUAACAGCAAAGGAAUUAUUGGAGGACGAACGUUGGUUGAAAGGACCGGACUUCCUCUGGAAAUCCCGCGAACACUGGCCAAAGCAAGAAGAAAUGAAGUCUGAUAUUCCUGAAUGCGAUCCAGAAGUAAGAAGAAACGCCACAACAACCUUAACGACGUCUACCAGCGUCUCAUCUGAUGAUGAUGAAUCUGCCAACGAUAUGUGUUCCCGAUUCGAGAAAUUUUCUUCCUGGAAACAGCUCAGGAAAACAAUUGCAUGGGCAAUCCGCUACGUGAAACAACUUCGAGAAACCGUACGAAAGCGAAAGAGUGGUGAAAUAAUCAACAUGUCAAAAGAAAAGAAAGAAAAACCGGUACCGUUAAAGCUUGACGAAAUGGAGAACGCUGAAAGGUUCAUCCUCAACAUCGUGCAAAUGACCAGUUUUCGAGACGAACUGACCGCAUUGAAACAAAAGAAUGGGAACGUGAAAAAAUCUAGUCCGAUAAACAAGCUAAGUCCAGAAAUCAUCGAUGGUCUCUUGUGUGUUGGAGGCAGAUUACGUCAUGCACCACUUGAGAAUACAGCCAAGCACCAAGUCAUUCUACCUAAGCAGCACCAUGUGGCUACUCUAAUUGCUCGUCACUAUCAUCAAUUAUCUGGACACUCAGGUCUAGAAUAUGUCCUAUCCUUAACACGACAGAAGUUUUGGAUAGUCAAAGGCCGACUCCUAGUUCGAAGGGUGGUCAACGAUUGUUUCGACUGCAGGCGCAGACAAUCACCGGUGGCAGAGCAGAAAAUGGCUGAUCUUCCGAAGAGUCGAGUAACCCCCUCAAAACCACCAUUUACUUUCACUGGUGUGGACUGUUUCGGACCAUUCAAUGUACGACGCGGGCGAAGUUUAGUUAAAAGAUACGGUGUGAUAUUUACUUGCCUGACGACACGUGCAAUUCACAUCGAAGUAGCAUCGAGUCUUGACACUGAUUCAUUUUUGAACGCUCUAAGACGAUUCGUAGCCCGACGUGGAAAUCCAGAAGAAAUCAGAUCAGAUAACGGAGGAAAUUUUGUAAGCGGAGAGAAAGAAUUGCGAAGUUGCAUUAAAGAAUGGAACCAAGAUAAGAUACAUCAAGUUCUAUUACUGAAGAAUAUCAAGUGGAUUUUUAACCCACCGACUGCAUCCCAUCACGGCGGCGUUUGGGAGCGAUGCAUCCGUACAGUGAGGAAGGUGAUGAGAGCGCUGCUUCAUGAACAGACUCUGAACGACGAAAGCCUUCAUACGUUGAUGUGCGAAGUUGAAGCUAUCAUAAAUGGACGACCAUUAACGAAAGUUUCCGAUGACCCGAGAGACAGCGAAGCUCUAACCCCGAACCACCUGCUGCUAUUACGUGCAGGUCCCCCACUUCCACCCGGCAAAUUCGUGAAGGAAGAUUUGUACACACGGCGCAGAUGGCGACAAGUACAGUAUAUGGCAGACGUGUUCUGGCGGAGAUGGCUGAAGGAGUAUCUUCCGAUAUUGCAAGAACGACAAAAGUGGAAUCAACCGAGAAAGAACGUAGAAGUCGGCGACGUCGUGCUUCUACUUCAAGAGAAUACACCGCGUAGUUCGUGGCCGUUGGCUCGUGUGAUCGAAGUUCAUCGUAACAGAAGUGACGGACAUGUUCGAAGUGUGAAGUUGAAGACCUCUACAUCCGUGUUGGAAAGACCAAUCUGCAAGAUCGUCGUGUUGGAAGGAACGCAGUGAACAACGAAGACAAGAUGAGUAUAAGAUAACAUUUACACAUUAAUAUGACGCUAUAUUAUUAUGCAUGAGUUUUGUUUCAAACAGUUUGUUAUUAGUUUAUAAAGGCACUAGUAUACUGUACGCCUUUAAGGGGCCGGAAUGUUAGUUUGAAACGUCACUCAAGCCUCUGGGCAUGUAUUUGUUACGUCACAUGCAUAGGGGGCUCGCGUGAUAGAUCAAAUUGAACAGUCGACCGAUCAGUAAGGAUCAAUUUAUUCACGCUAAAACUAAGAAAACGAUUCCCGAAGAAAAGAUACUGGACGCUACUUGAGGAACAAGAGGACACCAAAGUAGGAUUUAUAUAUUUAUUUGUUUGUUUAAUUUAGUUUAGAAAGCAUGCGCAUAUUAUAUUUAGACAGUAAUUUAGCAUAUUCAAGUUGAUUUAGUAUAAUAGUAUAACUAUUGCAUGGUAUCUAGUUUAGUCACUAUUUUUCCUUAUAGUUCGAACUCGUUUGAUUGUCUAUUGAUUGUUGCUAUAUUUGAACACCGAAUUAAAGAAAUCUAUACGUGUAAUACGUCUACUCAUCUACUCUAUCUGCGUCAAAGACGAAGUUCGAAAACCUCACGCUACUCAAGUAAAACCCCCCGUAAGCUUUAAGAAAUCAGUCUACCCUAUCGCUACGCAAAGAGCUUACACCCACUACAAUCAAGCACAACUUAAUUCGAGAGAACGGUUCAACUAAAUGGUCAGUAGAACAAUUACGCAAAUCAAUUUUGAAAGAAAUUCAAAUACUAGAAGCUGGGGAAGAAACAGACUCUUUCAGUCAAAUUAGUCAAUUAGGCAAACCUGUCAACACCCUGCCAUCAACAUCGAGUCUACUGACAAACGCAUCUGGAAAGUUUGGAGACCAUGCCAACGCAAAAGAAUUUUACGCACCUAAAAAUCGCCCUACAAACAAGAGUUUAUGCAUUUUCUGUUCGGGCCAUCAUCGCCCUAACGAGUGUACUGUAGUAAAGGAUCCCACAGCCCGUAAGAAUAUUGUUUUCCAAGCGAAGUUAUGUUUUAACUGUUUGAACAAUCACCGCGUAUCUGAAUGUAACUCGAGAAAUCGCUGUCGAGGGUGUCACAAGAAACACCACACGAGUCUUUGUAAUGAAACGAACAAAGAUGCGACAAAAAAUACCGGGAAAAAUCAUCCGCCGAAUAAUGACGCACCGAAUAUUACGACGCAAGUUCAAAACGCGCAAACCAAUCCACCCGUCGACAAAACCCCAGCCGUGUCCACACGUCUCUGUCAGUCAACGACUACUAUGGGAGACAAACACUCUUCAAAACUGCCAUUAAUACGAUAGCAACACAGAACAAAAUAGCGACAGCACACAUUCUCUUUGAUGAAGGUGCUCAACGUUCCUUUAUCACUCAAAGUUUAGCUGACGAACUCGAACUUACGCCUGAAGGAAGUGAAACCUUAAAUCUACCAGUCUUUGGCGGGUCUUCGACUUCUAUCAAACAAGUAGACAUGGCUACGAUUAAUCUCAACACCGAAGAUGGCGAAAAAAUUCCUUUACAGGUAUUGAUAAUUCCCACAAUCGCAGUUCCGCAGAAAAGUUUCCCCACCGCCGAAAUUCGAAACCUCCCACACCUCAACGGCUUGAAGCUUGCACACCCUAUGACGACUGAUGAUCAUUUCCACAUAUCCCUCUUGAUUGGCGCGGACCACUACCGGGACGUUGUCGAAGACAAAAUCGUUAGGGGACCGGGCCCCACUGCAGCGACAUCUAGAAUCGGUUACUUGCUUUCUGGACCAACAACUGGGCCAGCUGUUGCGACAACAUCACUCAAUGCAACCAUCUUGAAAGUCAUUGUUUCAAAGGAACACGAAAGUAAAGCUUUAGAACGAUUUUGGAAUCUAGAAUCUAUUGAGAUUCUUCCAGACGAAAUAACAACCCACGAAGAUAAGUUUGUUAAGGAAUAUCAGGAUUCUUCAAUACGACUCGUGAAUGGCCGAUACUGUGCAAAGUUACCAUGGAAACCUAACCAUGACCCCCUUCCCACCAACGAAGCAGUAGCGCGAGGAAAAACCCGUUCCACUGUAAGGAGAUUAGCCAAAGACCCCAAGACAUUGCAAACCUACAGUGAACUUAUUAACGAACAGUUAAAACGAGGUUUUAUUGAAAGAGUUACAAAUCCAGAAACAUCAAACGGUUAUUCCCACUACAUCCCACAUCACGCUGUAUUAAAAGAUUCCCCUACGACACCUAUUCAUAUUGUGUACGACUGCAGUUGCAGCCCAAAUGCCGACCAAGCAAGCCUGAACUCAUGCCUUUCCACUGGCCCUGACAUCCUUAAUGAUAUGACCGCCAUACUCGUCCGUUUUCGAUGCUAUCGGUAUGCUUUAACCGCAGACAUAGAAAAGGCCUUCCUGAACAUCUCUCUAGAUGAAGGAGAUAGAGAUGCAACAAUAUUUUUUUGGCUAUCCGACCCAACCAACCCCGAAAGCAGCUUUGACGUAUAUCGGUUCAAAUCUAUCUUGUUUGGUGCAUUGUGUUCCCCGUUUAUCUUGAAUGCAACGAUCAAGAAGCACCUUGACAGCUGCAAUGAUCCAAUCGCACAACGAAUGAAAGCCGACAUCUACGUCGACAACUUGGCUUCUGGCACAGAUAACGAAAACGAAGCUGCGAUCUACUUGAAACACACCAGAUCCGUAAUGUCUUCUGCCAACUUCAAUUUACGUGAAUGGAACUCGAACAGUUCAAAGAUUUGUGCACUCGCCAAUGAAGAAAAUGCUCAAGACGACAACACCGAAGCAAAACUGCUUGGUCUUCGCUGGAACAGUAAAGUCGAUACGCUGAAGCUUCAAGAAAUGCCACCUGGAACAAUGCCACCUGGAACUACUGCCCAACUUCUGACAAUCCAGCAGAUCUCCUAACACGAGGAAGCUCGACAGACGACCUUUCCAAGUCUAAUUUGUGGACGCAUGGCCCACCUUGGUUAACCAACCACAACCACUGGCCAGAAUGGAAACCUAACAACGUUCUUCUGCAGUCCUGCCUCGACGAAGAUCAAGAAACGAGCAAAGUCAGCAUAACCCAGAUUAUUCCACCUACCAAAUUCAGUGACCUUCAACGACUACUGCGAACUACAGCAUGGGUACUUAGCUUCGUUAAUACCCUGCAAAAGGGCAACGCAUGUAAGGGAAAACCACUAAAGGUCCACGAAGUUGAAAACGCGAGAAAUGUUUGGAUACGGGAAAUCCAAAACGACGCCUACGGUAACGAACUUGCCAACAUACAAAAGCCGAAAACCUCUUGUCUACCCCUUGUACGUCAACUUCGCCUGUUUACUCUGGAAGACAACAUCAUUCGUUGUGGUGGCAGAAUUCACAAUGCACCAGUGGAACAUUCAGCAAAGUUUCCCAUACUUUUACCCCCAAACCACCAUUUCACCUUGCUGGUUGUCAACGAUGCACACGAGAAACUACAACACGCUGGAUUAAACCAAACCCUGACACAAAUACGCCAGAAGUAUUGGAUUCCAACAGCUCGCCAGUACAUCAAGAAAAUACUUCGCAAAUGUGUAACGUGUCGAAAGGUCUUCGGAACACCAUACAAUGCCCCUGACCCACCUCCAUUUCCAUUCUAUAGAAUGACUGACUCCCACCCAUUUACCGUCACCGGUGUAAACUUCACCGGGGCCAUGCAUCUACGUCAAAAUGCCACGUGGACAAGAAAAGGUCUACAUCUGCUUGUUCACCUGUGCAAACACACGCGCAGUCCACAUCGAAGUAGUCACAAUUAUAACUGUUCCGACCUUCAUGUCUGCCUUUCGAAGAUUCGCAAGCCGCAAGUCCUUACCAAAAAUUAUGGUGUCAGACAAUGCAUCAACGUACCAAUCUGCCGCGGAAGAGUUGACCCUACUAUUCAAUUCAACAGAGUUGGAAACCAAUCUCUGUAAACGAGGAAUGCAGUGGAAAUUUAUCCUAAAACGAGCACCAUGGUACGGUGGUUUCUGGGAAAGAUUAAUUGGUCUGACAAAAAACUCCUUGAAAAAGGUUCUCGGAAAGGCGAAUGUCACUUUAGAAGAGCUCCAAACAAUUUCCUCCGAAACGGAAGCAAUUCUCAAUGACCGCCCGUUAACCCACGUAUCAUCAGAACUAGACGACACAGAACCAUUAACACCAUCCCAUCUACUGUAUGGCCGGAGAAUCACCACCUUACCCCACCCCCUUUACGAAGACGACGAGUUUCGUGAUCCUAUCUAUGAAUCCGAACCUAGUAACAUUGAUGUCCAAGCAAAAUUGAGAAAACACCUAAUACAACACUUUUGGAAACGUUGGCGUCAAGAAUAUCUGACGAGCUUACGGAAAUUUCAUAAAACCACUGGAAACAAUUUAACCGAGAUACGUGUUGGUGAUGUCGUUCAAGUACACGAUGACACGAAACGUGUUAACUGGAGACUUGCUGUUGUACAAAGUUUAAUCAAGGGAAAAGACGGACUA